AUGCUACCGUUUAGCGCUGUUUGUCCACGUGGGCUGCGACAAGUGUUCAAAGGUAAGCCUCGACCCCAAGAUCUAAAGAUAUUCGUGGCCACAACUCAUGAAGAUCUUAUGAUAGACUUUGAAGUCUACAGAGGUGCCAACACUCCGUUCGGCGACAGAACUUUGGGAGUUGGGGUAUCAGUAAUCUUACAUCUCUCAAAGUCGAUUCCAAGAGGGAGCUGUAUUUAUUUUGAUCGCUACCUCUCGUCGAUACCUUUGCUUGAAAAGUUGAACACCAUUGGACUGCACGGCACAUCGACGCUAAUGAUGAACCGAAAACCAGAACGCAAAAACAUUGAUUUCAAACCUGACCGCCGAAUACAGCGCGGUGAAUCACAGCAGUUCGUCUGUGACGAUAUGGUCGUAAUUAAAUGGAUGGAAACAACUUUUGUGAAGCGCUGGGAUAAAAGUACCUCAGUAUUCAUGGACAUCUCCGCACCAAACACCAUCACUAACUACAACAGGCACAUGGGCGGUGUAGACAUCCUUGACCAAUCAAUGGAAUAUUACCGCACUUUCAUGAAGACAAGAAAAUGGACACUGAAAGUAAUACUUCAUUUCAUUGAUCUGGCUGUUUGUAAUGUAUAG